AACAUUUUCUAUGCUUGACAACAACGAUUUUACACGACUAAAAUUAACGACGAGAAUGGUGAAAACCAUACAAAAAUAUCAAAAACUGGUAGAAAAUGAUUUUAUUGUUGAGGAGCUGGAAGAGCAAUGUGAAAAUGAGAUUGCCGAAGAAGAGGAUGCGACAUGUGACAAACCAACUGUUAAAAAUACGGAACCCCAGGCGCAGCACACAAUAUCUCUAGAGAAGGAAAUCAACGUUGGCCUUUUAUUCUCAAUGACACAGAAUGGACGAGAAAAUUUAAUGCACGAAAUUUUGGCAGCAGGCAACAAACCCAACGACAAAAUGAUCACAAACAUAACGCAUAUUAUUUGCGAUUAUUUAAAGUCUACAUACGGAGUGCGACCAUCCACAUUCUACAAGGAAAUGCUAGCACGAUCAUUGGUCAACACUUAUCCGGUUUUGGCAUCAACUGUAUCAGACAUUCCUCACGCGCUUUGGUUCCACAAAAACGGCCGUGGCGAAGGUAGACACGCCGGAAAAAUUCAUUAUAGAAUGGAGAACCUAGCUAAACAAUCGGACAGCCGUGUGUUUUUCCGACAGCGUGAAACGGAUCAAGUACCACAGACUUCGACGAUGAAAGAUAUAAUGCAGGUCGCACCGAAUUUCGAUGAACUGGUGAAUGAAUUACGAUUUAUUGUGCCCACAGAGCAAGAGAAAGGCAGGAUUCGACAGCUGUGGCAGCAAACAUUAAUUCAACGAAACAAUGCUCGGGACGAAGGUACCUUUCUACAGUACUUGCAAGAAUUUCCAGUGGCAUUAGCUUUCGGUGGAGAAUUACUUUCGCUUGAUUUCGAGGUACUGAAGCCCAAUGCCUGCUUAUUUGAAGAUGGCUGGAACUCUAUCCUUCCAAAAAUUUUGGCAGAGUUCGAAGACGUCCACAUGUUCAUCAAAAACGAUGUUAUCAAAGCUCUGGCCGUGAUCCACGACAAAAAUCCGAGCAGAGGAGCUAAACGUCCACGAGAGGAAAGUAAUGCGCGCAACUCAAACCCGUUGCAUGGAAUUCUCAAAUGGAUUGAUCCUGACUUAGAAAUGCCGAUGACAGAUGUUCCUCUGAUUUUUAUUACCGAGAAAUUUCCCGAAAUUGGGGAGUGCUACGUUGCUUGGAAAGAUAUUUCCAUUCCAGUUGGCAAGAAUGUGCUGGCCGCAUUCAUUCUACUGUGUCAGUCAUUCACAGUUUUUAACGUAAAAUGCUGUCCCUCCGAUAAGAUUUUCUAUUCAUUUUUUAACGCAUACUGUUUCAAAGUGGAACCGCUCAGUACCACUAGCAACAAGUUUUUAAAUAAGUUGAUUUAAGCUUUUUUCACGCGAAAUGUUGAACUAAUCAAAAGAAACAUGAA